GAUCGCCCCACUACAGCAGGCAAGAUGCCCAGUCUUGUAUAUGUAUCUUCUAUACUACUAGCUACGUCCUCUGCCACAGUGACAUACCUCUAUUUUCUCCACCGCUCUCUUGGACAUCGAAUCCAUCACGAGUUUCACCACAGUGAACUCCCCAAAUCCGUUUCUACAGUUUUAUCGCUCCCUGUAGAAGUCUCUCGUGGAGAAUGCCGCGCUUUCUAUGACCAUGCUUCCCGUCGCGUUGCGCGCAAAUUACUUCCAACGCAACAGCUAGAGGACUUAUUCACACUGCUCUUACGUCGCAAUAUGACAGCUUUCUCUCGUUUUCCACAAGCUUGGAUAUUGAGAUUGAAUGUCACACCUGCAGACCGUAUAACGUUCCGCGCAUCUCAUAUCCAGUCACUCCAAUUCAAAAAAGGCGAUCUCGUCUGUGGGCUUUACCGUGUCCAAGAACGGGCACCCAACAAAGCCGUGCUUGAGUUGCUGUUCAAAGGGGACGUCCACGGACGAUUGAUUAUUCGAUUCUGGGAAGAGGGUGAGGAAGUUGUCUUUUGCACGGAGACGAUCAUGUGGACAAGUAAGCUACAGUCCGGACAAAGCAAGAAGGCUAUUGUCCCACUGGAGAAUCCCGUGCUGAGGUUUCUCCAUGAGAUGGCUGCAUGGUGGUUAAUUGAUUCUGGUGUCACUUAUCUGCUGGAUCUGAAGGGAAAUACACACUCGUUGGAUGUGGGAUCGCUUUGACUUAAGAUGUUUGCCAUGUCGCCUUUUCUUUGAAAAUAUCAAAGCUUCGACAUAAAGAGCUUGGGGACAAUCAAUUGUUAUGAGGAAUAUCUUCCUUUCAUGCCUUUGUCCUCAUACCCUUCCUUUUGCCAGGAGUACUAUUGUUCAUCGAUGGUAUAUAACACCUUCCCAAUACGAUAAUAUGGACGUUUCCCCGUGUAUACCACAGCUCAUUUUUCCCUCCACUUCGCCAGUAUAUCAUCAAUAAUCAUAUGGCCAGCCAUGUGCUUGUGUACAUACCACCACUACCCCUGCGGGCACAUUGCAUCGUUCACGUUUGAGAGCUGUAUCCACAUAACCAACUUGCUGCUAGCAAAUAUCAAUCCUCUCAGCCAUCAUAAUGUCAAAAAGCUCGAUCUGUUAAAUGAAAGACGCCCUCAUCGUUGUCUCAAAUGUGAGGAGAGUUCGAGAGACGCAUC